AUGGGUAUCACUGUUGAUGAUGUCAUGGAAAAGAUAGGCAGUUACAACCGAUUUCAGUACAGACUUUUGCUGAUCUGCGGUUUCAUCAAGACCUGGUCUGAUGGUCUCCAGAUGAUGCUUCCAACCUUUCUCAGCGUUGAACCGCCGUGGCGUUGUAAAGCAAACAGUUCUGCGUGUAAUCUGACCGGAAUUUUCAAGCCAGGAGACGAAAAUUACAGCUACCGUUGUUCCAUUCCUCGGGAUGAUUGGGAAUUUGACACUAGCGAUUUUACCUCCACCGUGGCUGAGGUACGAACAAUAAACUCAGUUUGAAUUCAGCGUCACUCCCCACGGUUUUCCCGCGCCCGUGCAGAGGAUUUUGGUUCUGUUUCCCUGAUCCAUCUCUAAGAUUCUGUGUUGUUCUUAUUGCCUCCCCCCCCCUUAUUGGCAGUUAAUUUGCAGUCAAGUUUCUAAACUUCUCGGCCCCUUUCUACUACGUUGGUGACGACUGAUUCCACUGAUAAGUUAUUGUUUUUAGAAGGAAUUAACACUUCACUCAUUUUCAUUACAUGCGAAAAAAGACGAAUGAGCUCAUACACUAAAUCACUUAAAUCAUUUCGAUUUUCUCUCAGUGGGACCUAGUUUGUAACGUAUCAGCAUUAUCGGUCCUGACCAAAGCACUUAUGUUCUUGGGUUAUAUGAUCGGAGUUCUCUUUGGAGGCGUUUUAUCAGACAAAUUCGGACGCAAACCCAUUGUUUAUUGGCUUACAGUCCUAACGAACGUGUUCGCCUUGGCUGCUGCUUUCAUUAAAAUCUACUGGCUCUAUGUGCUCUGCAGAGUGCUGAUUGGUAUAGGCGUAGGUAAGUGAUUAUUCGCCGUAUUUCCAAGGUAAAAGGAGGUAAACGAUACGACUAAUAACCCAUCAGAUAAAUAACUUGGCCUUAAUUAACCCAAAGGAAAUAAAACGACCGCCUCUGUAUUUCUGAACUUUUCUCGCAUUUUUGAACGAAGACGGCCAUAGCUAUCAAUCUAAAUAUAAUCACGCGAGAACCCGCGGAAGGAUGUUUAAUAAUUACAUAACAACUGAAAAGCUUUCUAUCUGUGAAUUUGGAAAAGAAAGGUAACAGAUUUAGAGUCCUUGAUAAAAUGCCGAGGAUCUUUUGUAUCAUAAACUGAUUUCCCAUUGGCAUUCAUACCGCUUUCAGACGAAAUAAUACAAGAAAAAGAAAAAAAACCAAAUGAAGAUUAUAACAACGGAGCUUUGGAUAUUAUUCUCAACAGGUAGUUCAGCUCUGGCAAUGUAUGUGCUCGUGUUUGAGUACGUUGGCAAGUGUCAUCGUCACGUGAUCGGAACCACUUUAUUUUACUUCUGGAUUCUGUCGCUAAUGGUUCUGGCUUUAUUUGCUUGGCUGAUAAGGGAGUGGCGCACACUUGCUAUGGCCGCGGCUAUACCAGGACUAUUAACGAUUUUCUUCUGGUGGUAAGCAAGUACAUUGUAUCAUGAUAUCGACCGAACCUAAUAGGAACUAACACAGCUGUCUAUGAUGCAGAGCUUGCGGUAAAACCUUCAUGACUGUUUAAAAUCGAAAUUUCCUAUGUAGCUGCUAUUUACCUUCUCAUGCAUCAGUUAAGAUAAUAACAUGGGGAUACCUGUACAGCUUUAAUAAGACCCUUUAACGAUUGAGACUGUUUCAAUUCUCGUUGCUUAUUCGCUGGAUGACGUAAUCAAGUCGGGAGGAGUAGCAUGGGAACCACUUCCGGGAAUUGAAAGCGCGGAUCCAGAGAUUUCUGACGGGAGGUUCGCACUUUGAUUAAGAAAACAAAUUUAUUAUUACAAUUUUUCUUUUUUGCAAUGGAGCCCAAAUAAGCUACGAAAUACUUCAAGAUAGGUAAUUACUUCAAGCUAAGUAAUAAUAUGCGAUCCUGUCGUUGGGAGAAGUUUGGUUUCAGCCAGGUGGUAAAAUACCCUCAUUUCCGAUGAGAGGGGGGGGGAGAGUUUGUUUAACCCCUUAGACCCUCGCCGUGGAUCCUUCACUGGUCGGAAUGGAUAAAUGUGUCAUGAACAUCUUCAUGGCAUAGGCACAUUUAUGAAAAAAAAAUAUGAAGAAAAUAGACAGUAACUCAACUUAUUUCAAUCCAAGAUUCUAUAGAAAAGAAAUAUCUUGUGGUUGAUCCUGCUUAGCUCUCUAACUUCUGUUACGCACAACUGUUAACCUUAGGUUUCUGCCAGAGUCACCUCGCUGGCUCUUGGCGCAUAACAGACCCAAAGAAGCCAGGGAAAAUCUUCAAAAAGUUGCUGACUUUAAUCGAAAACAGAUGCCCGAAGGUGACCUAGAACAGCCAGAUGCCAAGUUAACCCAGAGACAGGGAGAUGUCCGGGACCUUUUCAGCUCAAUGGCUAUGACAAAAAGAACUCUGAUAUUAUGGUUUGCCUGGUGAGUCUGUAGGACGUCAAAUGUCGGAACAUUGCUUCUCACAGAAAUUUACUCGUCGAGACUGCCUAAAACUAUUGCAAUUAACAUUUUGUCACAUGUUGAUGCUCAAUCUGCGCCAGCUAAAACUGAUUCACAUUAUUUCCAUAGGAUGGUCAUAUCGUUGGUUUACUACGCUGUUUCAUUCAGUGCAGGAGAUUAUGGUGGCAACCGUUACCUGGUUUUCUUCUUGACCAGCCUAAUUGAAAUUCCGUCCAACUGGACUUGCAUUAAACUGAACCACAGGUAGGAGGGGGGUAGAGAAGGGAGGUUUUUAUCCACCUUAUUACGUUGACUGAUUAUCUUUCAAGCAUACAAGACUACUCAGACAGGAAUUCGUGUCCUCUCAGAACAUGGGUAAAUGUGAAAUAAGUAUCAUUAUCUUACAUUAGACUUACUAUGAAAACUCUGAUUGGUCGAGAACAUGUGGUAGCGUGUGAAAUUGAAAUGACAACCCAUAAUGCUUAUCAUGUCGAGUUCAGAGUCUGCCUAGUUUCCAAGCCUCUCGUCCGUGUAGUGUUCUCAAUCUUUUGCAAACUCAGAGAAGUAUAUCCGUGUGCAGAUUGCUCAAAUAAGUGUAUAAUACAACAUUUAUCGAAUCUUGUUUUUACAUGAUAUCAUGAAUUAUCAAACCAAGUAUCUGAGUUACCUGCUAUAGCAUUCGGCUUUGACAAAUAACUCAAAUCUCCACAGUGAUAAUUCAUGAUAUCGUACUCAAAGUCAUCCAAUAAUUUUUUAUCAUUUGGUUCUCAACCAAAGUCAACCCAUGCCUGACGAUAGAAUAAACUUCUUUUGUUCAGUUUUCAUAAAGAGGCGACAAUAGCUGAAGAGGGAAAAGUCCCAUGCUCCGAGGAAGGUUCGAUUCGGGUUGCGACUCGUUCCGAACCUAGCAGUACGGUCGACCUUUUUUUUUUUCUUUGAAUCAACAAAACGUAAACAAGGAAUAUCUAAAACUUGUGAGGAGUCAUUUUUCUCUUUACGUUUUUUCGUUCGGAGUAUUGGGCAAUUCAAGCCGUGAGUAUGAUUCCUCUAAACGAACAUUUGUUACAGGAUUGGCCGGAAGAAAAGCACAGUGAUUGGAGUGGUGGUGUCUUUCUUUGCUUCUUUGAUUGCAGUCUUUUUCCAGAGAGAUCUGAAGAACACCGGUAAACCUCUCUUUACGUCAUUGUCAGUUAUUGUAGCGCCGGUUCUGUUCUUGGGGUCACAAAAGUUACAAUUACGUUAAGGGAAACGAAAAAUUGAUUGCAGCUAGACUCAGCCAUCAGUGCUUAGACAAAGAAUCACUGGUUAAUGUAUCGACAUAAUAAAGGUUAGCUGUAAACAAACUAAUCCGAAAUAGGGGAACUAAUCAUCAUUACAUUACCAAGUUAAAGCAAGUACCAUCCUGAAUUAUUUAGGAUGUCGGCUGCAAAAUACUUUUUUUUAAUAUCAUUGCUCUGUUUUUCAGGUUUCAUGUUGGCAAACAUAAUUAUGGCACAAGGGGUGGCGAAGUUUUUUAUCAACAUGUCGUUCAGUUCAAUCUAUGUCUACUCAAGCGAGCUCUUCCCGACCGUUGUCAGGUAUUUUUUUUAUUUCAAACUUUCCUGCGUUAUGCCAUUUUCCUAAGGCAAGAAAUAAACAUAACCACACGCACUAAUUCGUUCUCAGCAAUUUGAAUAUGGAUCUUCCACCUUCCUGCCCACUAACUCAACUCUUUCAUCUCUUUCGUGUCUUUUUUCAUGAUUGACAACAAGUGAAUCAAUAAGCGAAUGAUGGACUGUCUGUCUGACUGACUCGUUGACCAGCUUGAUUACAGACUGGCUGAAUUAUUGACUGACCUAUUGGUCAUUAAUGACCAACUGACUAACUGACUGACUGACUGUGUUACUGACUGACUUACCGUCUUACUGACCGACUAACCGACUGACUAAAUUACUGUCUUACUGACUUACUCGCUCUCUUACUGACUGACUGUCUGCCUGAAAGACUGUCUUACUGACUGACUAUCUUACUGACUGACUGACUGACUGACUAUCUCGCUUACUGAUUCACUGCACGACUUUCAUGAUGAUUGACUAUUUCAGCGACUUACUUGCUGAAAAAUAGACAAAUUUUAUUGGCUAAAUGACUGACUGACUGAAUGACGAUUGACGAACCGACGAACUUACGGACCAACGAACGCAACCGGCGGACUGACAGACCGAUGGACGGAUUGACGACUGACAGACCGAUGGACGGAUUGACGACUGACAAACUGACGGACUUGGACUGACGGAGUGACAGGUGAAUGGCUCACGGACAGAAAUUUAUUAUGACUGACCGGUCAUGUCUGACUACUUAAAUCGCCCUGACUCACUAAAAUGACCUAUUACCCGGCUGACUUAUUCACUGGCCUACUGACUGACUGGUUGAAUGAUUAACCCAACUUCUUCGGGAAGGAAUAAUUUUGUGCCUCUUAUAAUUCUCUUAAAAGACCGUCUAAAUAAAAGUGGCUUGGGUAUGGUACGCAUUACUUAACUUCUCGUCCAAUUCUCCUUAUGCCUUAGGAAUGUUGGAACGGGAACCUCGUCUGCGGCAGCUCGUAUUGGAUCCAUGUUGGCGCCUUAUGUUGUUUGGCUGGUAUGUAACUUGAUUCAAAUCAAUUUUAUUGUUGGGGGCAAAAAUAUCUUCGAUAGGAAAUAAAGGACCUUUACACAUUUUUGUGAGAUUUUUCCAGUAUGCAAAAAAAUCCUACCGCACGGUCCCCUCGACAAGUUCUCCAUUAGUAAAACUCAGUGACAAAUUCUCUUUGAUUAUGGAAAACAGCGGUAAGUCCAGAUCAUCUUGCCGCACUCCUAUGUGGUAGUGAUCGCUGCGAUUUUCGCUAGCUUGCGCUCAUCGUUAAGCAGAGAUAUGUACCAAUUCCUGUGUCAAGGAAAACUUCUCGGAUCGAGCUCAAAUGUAAAACCCGCCAACUUCGUUUUUAUUCUAUCAAUAGAUGCGUAUUCACAUUCUCUUGCCAUACUCCAUCGUGGCAGUGCUUGCUUUUGUCUGCGCGGGUCUGUGCUUCUUGCUGCCAGAAACAAAGGGCACGGCGACUCUAGAAACUAUGGAUUCUGUCAACAACAACCCCCCAGAGUUGACAGACAAAGAGCAGUUUCCAGUUGAGCCAAGCAAAGGGAAAGAAGAAUUGGGAGAGUUACUACUAAAUCAAGCCUUACUUGCGUAAAAAGUAUUUUCUGUAAAUGAUUGCCACCAUGAUGGAAACUGCAUUUUAUAAUUUUCUUUUUCGGUUUUUAUAAAUUGUCUUAGCAUCCAUUAGGAGGAAGAAAUAAAGUCUUCCCCAUAAUCCAUCUUAAAAAAUACAAGCCCAGUCAUUAAGGUGUGUCAGAGAGGUCCUUUACAUCUCAGUUGUUCUAUGUUAGAUUCAAAUAUUCAUGCGACAAUAUGGCGUUUGAAAUCACGGAAAGCGAAGCUAGGGUAGCCCCCAACUUCCUAAUUCCCCUUAAUUCACUCUCGGCUAUUAAAUAAUUUCGACCCCCUUCCCCUCCAUCUUUGAAGUUUUGUUCCUCUGUCCCAGGUCACGGUUUGCUCGAUAUUGACAUGGGUUGAUUUUCCCGUUAUGGCUCAAAUCUACAAUCCAUUCAAAAAUUGUGUCCCAUUUUGCAGUUUUUAACUCUCCAUUAACCCUUUAAACCCUAAGAGUGACUAGCAUCUAAUUUCUUUUUACAGUAAUACUGCUGUAUCAUUCAUUUAGAUGAUGAUGAGAAUAUAAGGAAAAUAUCGUUAAUUAACCUAAGGAGUUUUGAUUGUUAAACGAAUUCUCCUUGUCAGUACUAGAAGAAAUGUCCAGAGAAGAGUACAGAGAACAUGGAUACUGAUGUUAGGGUAUAAAGGUUAUGUGUUUCAACUGUGGGGUAAAGUAUCUGGAAAGUGUGCGAUGCUUAACUCACCACACUGAGAACAGGCAGCUGAGAAAACAAACUUAGAGCCUCGUCAGAAUAUUGACAUAUGUAAAUAACAUAAGUGAGAUAAUUGGUUUGACCUUAAUGUUAUGUUAAGUAUGUUUGAAUAAGGGAAGGGUAAAUAUAAUGUUUAAAUUUGCGCGAAAUUUCGAGAUUCGUUGGAUACAGUAAAAGUGUUUCGAGUUUCCGUGUUUCUAUGGUGAAAUUGUCUCGAAUUCUCCCCACCACUCUCGUGUUUAUAUGGGGCUGCAUACACAAAGAAAAAGUCCUCCACCGCUUAAGUAAUAUCAUAGUUGGGCAAUGAUUCUGUUUCUGAGUUAGAUUUGUAACAAUUGAAGCUAAAGAAAACAAUGCUCUAUGUAGAUACAUGCACGAAUAAAAUCGAAAGCAAUCCUAUUAUUCAAUAAAAAACACUGUAAUACUCUUACCAAAUUUGGUUUGAUUUGUAGAGCAGACACUUGCUGUAUUUAGAAGACCAUAUGACUUUUUAUGUGAACGAUCUUCCAUAUAUAAUUUCUCACUGGACAGUCCGGUGGAAUAAAAGGUUUCCAAAUAUAUUCACUUUACGUUAAUGUUUACUAAUUUUGUGACCAUGCCUCGCGGUGCCAUUCCUCUUCGUCAGUCAUGUCAGUAUCAGCACGGAGCUUAUUAAUGGAAUUAAGAGCUCACGGAAUGAGCUGGAAAAGAUAAUAUAGAUUCCUAACGAAAUAUUAUGUCUCAAUAGCUGUUUUAUCUCUAAGAUGUAAAUAUUUUUUUCUUAGCGUGGAAGUGUGAAGAAAGCUUUCAUGUUCACUUUUGGUAAAUCCCUCACAGCUCUAACUUCGUUCGUACCCUGAUACACUAUGCUCACGACUUGAAGAAUCAGAUCGGCAAAGUUCUGCAUAUGUUCUACACACCUGUGAUACAUGCAUCAGUCAUAUGCGUUUAUUCAUAGAACUAAGGGCAUAUGUGUUUAAUUAUGAAAGUAAGGACACCCAGAAUAAGCCGUAAAACUUUGAGGCAAUGAAACCUGACGCAAUUAUGUAUUUACACAGCCGUUUUAUUUUCAAAAGUCAUUUACUGUAUCUUUUUUUCGAGCACGGAAGUACGAGGCUGACUUUUGUGUAAAUCCCACGCAGCUCUGAUGUUUUUCGCGCUCUAAGCAUACUAUACUCAAGAAAAGACAAAACAGGUCUGCAAAGUAUUAGUGAUAUGUGUUUAUUUAUGGAACUAACAGCUCACAAAAUGAACUGUAAAACUAUAAGGUAAUACUAAGUGGGAUUCAUGAUGCAUUUCCAAAGCUAUUUUAUUUUUAAAACCCAAUUUUAUUUUUAGCGAUGAGUGCCGGGCGAAGUUCACUUUCGGUAAAUCCCUCGCAGUUCUAAGUUGCAUUUAUUGCCCUUACUCGUACGUGUUAUUUUGGCUCUGACAGCAAACAGAUUGAGUUGUAAAACUAUAGUACCGAAUGGAAUUAUCUAUUUCCAUAGCCAUGUAUCUCUUAAAGUCAUUUUUCUCAUUUUUUUUAACAGGAAGUGCGAGGAUAGCUUUUGUGUUCAAUUUCGGUAAAUUCCUCAGAAACAUACUAUGCUGAGCAUACUAUGUUCAGGACUCGAAGAAACAGGUCUGCAAAGUUCUGCAUUUUGUUUACACUAAUAUACUACCGGGAACUAAGGUAAUGUUAGAAACCAAUAAUUAAUUGUUGCCAGAGGUCCUAAGAGAAAGCUACACUUCAGUUAGCUAAAGAAAGACUAAAAAAGUCUGAAUACAAAUUUACUUAUAUUUUUUGAAAACAUAAACCUUUUAGAACCAGGUCGUACCGGAACGAAUUCAAAUAUUUUAUUUUUGCAGGGAAAAAUUUGACAAAAUCUUUAAGCAAUUUCCAAAUUUCUCGCGAAGAAAAAAUUGUCGAAAACGUUUAGCAAUUUCUCCAAUUUUUCGCGAGCUGAAAUCGACAGAACCUUUUUGCAUUUUCCAAAUUGUUCGCGUGGAAAAAUUGACAAAAACGUUCGCAGUUUCCCAAAUUUUCGCAUUGGUCCCCUCAAUCUAAUAUGUUUCAACCAAAACGUUACUGAUGAGCAGAUAAGUCAAUUCCAAACUCAUUUCGCCAUUUUGUUCUAUACUUUCAGAUAAACAACAUCGUAAUUUUAAUUUAAGUAUUGUUGGUUCACUUCUAGCAGGCUUUUCUGCGCCGGUAGCACCAGCUUUUUGAACACGUGGUCUUGGCUUUAGCUCUUUCGCUGGCAGGUUUAUAGGGACCCUCUGUUUUUUUACGACAUAAGCCUACAAAUCGGGCCACAAUCAUUUUAAGACUAUUUUGUUACAUGUAAAUCCUUGUGCACAUAAUUUAGGGUAAGAAAAGCCGAGAAUAACAAAAUGUUUGAAGUGUUCCUUGUUUUUCCUGCCCUUUUAAAACUGAACAUUUACAUACUAGUAAGAAUAACUUUUUUAUUAUGCAAAAGUAGAUUAUUUCAGGAACCAAACAUUCUUUAUUCCGUCCAAUUAUCUUUAUUGCAACAAAAGUUAUUCCUUUUAUUGUUCAUCAAGGUACUGCUUGGCAAUGAACAUAAAACUUAGCGGGUUUGUGAUAUAGCACAACUAUACUUAGGUAACAACUAGCUUCAUGCAUAAUUCACAAAGAACCAUCAAAAUGGUAAAAAUGGCCUUCUUCUUCAUAAAAAAUUACAAUCCAUAGCAGCCUUCAUGCAGAAGUGAAGGCAGAGGAAAAAAGCAUUAUUAAAUACUUGAUUUACUAGCAAAGAGACAGCUCACAAAUCUAUGUAUUCGCUCUCGUGGUGGUCUGAAAUCUCCUGUUCACUUUCAUGAGACCUCGUUACGAUCGUCUUCUAACACAAUCCGCCGUGUCUCCUCGACUGGAGUCUACGCAGACGCAAUUGUUAAAAAAAAAUAUAUAUUUCACGUGCAAAUUUUUUUCCCGAAAACCCACCCAAAUUUUUAUGGAGACAGCUAGAAAUACGGCUACGAAUAAAGAAAUGGGACUUGACAAACCAUAACAAUCUUUACGAGGGGUCCCCUGACUUUAAAUAUGGGAAUGGUCAGAACCUACGAAUUCGUACGUUGCUGGCGAAAUUGUAGUAUUAAACGAAAGUGAAUAUAUGAAAGUCAUAUAUUUAAACUGUGGAUAAAGACCUGAAUAUGAAAGCGAUCUUCGCAGUAAUGAACACCACUUAAGCGGUAGUGAAAAUAAGGCCUAAAAAAAAAUUCAGACAUGUACGGGAUUUGAACCCAGGAACUCUGCGAUACCGAUGCAGUGCUCUACCAACUAAGCUAACAGGCCAACUGAGAGCUGGUCAUUAUGUUGGUUCCGAAAAAAACCCGUGAAGUGGUGAAUGAACGACUGUGAAUAUAUGAAAGUCAUACAUUUUAGUGUUGUUGGUUCACUUCUAGCAAGCUUUUCUGUGCCAGUAGCAGCAGCUUUUAGAACACGUGGUCAUGGCUUCAAUAGAAUUUAUUUCCUGCCGCAAUUUUAAAAAGAUAUGUCUUAAAUUGUUAAAAUCUGAAAACAAAAUAGCUUGUUUUGCCAAAAAUUAGAAGCCUCCGAGACAGGACUUUGACUCCUUUGAAGAUUAAUGUUAGCGUGCCGAACGAAACGCCGUGCGCCUCAGUCCCAUAGUUUCGCGCGGCGUGCAAACAUCGAUUUUUUUUUCUUUCUUUCGCUGAUUUUCAUUCACUCACGCGAUGGACUUCGCCGGAAAAAGAUGAACUGCUUGUAGUCUAUGCGCAGGUCUAUCCUUAUUUACUACCAGAAACAAAAGACGCGGCAAAUUAAAAAAAUUGUGGAUUCCGUUAACAGCACCUUUUCAGACAUUGGGAAGCUUCCUUUUGAGCUAGACAAAGAGAAACUGGGAGAAUUACUGCUCAAACAAACAUACCCAAAUUAACCCUUUCGCUCCCCAAAAUCUCAUCAAUAAUUCUCCUCACUAUCUACUAAACAAUUCUUAAAAUGUUAGUUCUAAAAAUUUGGUAUCAUGAUUAGAUCAAUUAACAAUCCCUUAAUUGAUAUUUUAUUAUUAAUAAUAUACAUGAAAAAAUUACUCAGUUCUGAUCGGUUAAGAUAAAUGCAGUUUUCAGGUAAUUCAAUGCAGAAGAGGGUUAUUUCAGUGCAAAGAAAGUAACAAACCAGACAUUCUGAUUGGUCAAUAAUCAAAGAAACUCACAGAUAGCCAAUCAAAUACGAGCCUUGAAUGUCGCAACAUUUGGCUAUGUUUAAAAUUUGCGAGCGAAACAAUGGCCGACGUGUUAGGUAGGUUUUCUUUCGCCACCGCAACAACAAUACAGCAACUGAAAAACAGCUCUAACAACGAAAACACGGUAAAAAGCACUGCUUUUUGGUUGUCGAUUUGGAAAAAGUGGUGUUUAGAGAAGGAAAUUGCCAAGGAAAUCAAAAUUACGAGCCGAUCUAGCUUAACACUUUGCUCGAGCGAUUCUACGCCGAAAUUAAAAACAAACAUGGUUGAACCUCGCAAACGACGAUUCCAUUCCAUCGAAAGUGAUUCGGACACGGACUGAACAAUUCCUUGAACUAUUUAGCCGGACUCUGAACUUUUUUUCGCCUUACAGAUGUGAAAAUAUCAUGGUAUAUUUCUGUUUUAAUCGUACGCGGUUGUUUUGACCGAAUGCACAGGUUUGAAUAAAUUAUUUUUGCGCUUGAUGCGCGCACUUUGCUUCUGCGUAAUUAUGAUAAGCAGGAGCCUAUUACUUACUCCUGUGAUAAGCUAUCUCGUACUUUUUCAUGUAUAUUAUUAAUACGUAAUCACGAGCCCGUAGAGCGAGUGCAAUUUUGUUAGUCUUUGAAAAAAUUUACUCGUGCUUAUUUAUUCCAAUUUGCACUCGAAAUCAUGUGAUAACCUAUACUAAUGCAAAUUAAGACGCCAUUACAUAGCGUUUAAGAUCGUAAAAUCCGUUAUGAAACCACGCUAUAGUAAAUUCGCCAAAAUUACAAAUUGCAAUAGGAUAUCCUGUUUUUUUUCUUGUUGGUUUGUUUAUUUGCUUGUUUGUUUGUUUGUUUUUUUUUUUUUCCAUUUUAUCGUGCGGAACACCUCACAUCUGGAACAACUCAAACUGGUACAACACAAACGUCAAAUAUCUAUACACGCCUGCAUAAAGAAGAACUCGUUUUGUAAACAGCUACGUGAAAACGUAAUCAAAGAUUUUGCUCCCUUACGAUUCGCCCCCGUUGCGACGAAUAUUCAUGCGCCCCCGGCGAAUUUGCGAUAUUUGUAAAUUUAUGAACAUCUCUUUGUCAUAACCCGUGACGGUCAAACAUCCGUGACAGACACAACUGAUAACUUGACAACCGUGUCGCUGAGGGUGGUUACAAAUGUGUAACAUGUCUACAGGCCUAAGGGUCAAGAACGCGACUCAAGACCUUUUUCAAAGUCCAUCAAAUCAUUUCAACAGGUAAGAUGCUCUCUGUUCACUCCAUCUAUUGAAGAAGGUGACAUUAGGAUUAGCGGGUUUUUCUGAGUUAUUAGGGACCAUGAAUGGUGCUUCGCUUUCUCUUUUUCGAGCUGAUAUUUUUGGUUGCAGUUUGCAUCACUUGUACUGGCUUGGAUAAUUUCAAUAGAAGGAGAAGAACUAAUUGAAGCCGAUUGUUCUCCAAAUUGCCACAAGUCAUAGACGUUCGAACAAAACGUCGCUCAAACUUCUCGUUUCCCUCAAACAAAAACUGAGGGUCAGAUGGACUAGGAGAAAAAAUUGUUGAGUCCUGCCAUCGCGCUCGCCAAACUACGCUAGCGGACCAAAGUGUAUUUUUCCGCUUAAAUCUUAUCCAGACGUGUCUUGCGUACGAUGACAGCUAAAUUGUUAAAAAGCAAGAUUGUUUGUUUAUCAAAAUCUGGAAGUCUCCAAGGCAGGACAUCGGCUCCUUUGAAGAUUGGCGAAAUUUUGGCGAUCCGCAAAAAAUUGGCAGGGUCGCAUAUUUUACGCUAAUUGUUGACGGAUUUUUCUCUUCAAUAAACAAAAAAAGCGUUUUUGCGACCUGGGCCUUAGGGUCAAAUAUUCCAUUAUAAACCAGAGAACAUUUCAUAAAAGGGUUACGAAUUUACUAAAAGCCUUAAAAUCGACGUAGUAAUCAAAUAAACCUGCGAUAUGCAAGCAAGAACCUUUUAGACUAAUAAGACGACUAACGAUGACAUAGAGAAAUUAGAUUCUAGUCACUCUUAAGGGUUAAAAGGUUCAAACCUUCCAUUUACAUAAAUGCGCAUAAUUAGUCAUUUUUUGUGACUGAGGUUAAUUUUAUUACUGCCCCUCCUGAUGUCGCACAAUUGUCUACUGUCCACUUCUAGUUGUUUUUCUAACAAGUUUUCAUAUAUCAGGUAGGUAUUUGUUCAUGCUGAACAGUUCUCACUCUUAUCCUCAGUUCUUCAACUGGAGUCUAAUCUACAAUUAACAGAUCAGUCCAUAUUAGCCGUUUUAACUUCGAACAUAUUGCGUGCAUCAAUGCAGAUUCGCCGAACUAACGUAACAGUGAGUAGAGUUACCAGAUAAACGAAGGCGUAGGACUAAUCGGAGAAGUUAUAUAUGCAUACAGUUAGAAGACAUACCAAGUUCAGAUUAAAUGACUGAUUAAAAAUGUUAGCUUAAGUUGUUGGAAGAAUUUGUUGGUCGAAGAAGUUAGCCGCAUUUACUAGUAGUAGCAGAAUUCCGAUCAACCAACUCAAACUAUACAGUAACAGUUAUUGAUGGUUAAAGAAUGAUUUUCAGUACACUGCUAAAGAGAAGGGUAAACCAAAGUACGCUCAAGGGAAAAGUUAAACAGGUCUGUGAAUUCAGGAACGGAGUGCGGGAGCAAGCAACACUUUGCCAACUAUUUUGGCGGCAUGAUGGCGGUUCCUCGCUGUUUCACCAUUCUCAAGUGAUCAUGAGCGCUUACCAAGGAACUUAAUUAGCUUAUUCAUUUGCGCAAGUCACUCGAAAAGUUAUCAUUCAGGGCAAAAAACCGGUAUGUCGAAAAAACUUUAAUAGCUCAGGGCUGAAAUUCGAUGUGAGCAUUCUUGAAUAGAUGCUAGACAAAACUACUUUUGUUCUUAAGGUUUUAUGAUGCUUUGUUUAUACUCACUGAUGUAUAGUAUGAUUUUAAAGAAGCGAGCACAAGCCUCACUGUAGAUCCGAAAGGUUCAGUUGUCGCAGAUAAUGCAACCCCCCCUUAAAAAACUUCGUCCUUCAGCUCAACAUGAUGUUUGUAUUCAAUGGAGGCUCAAGGCGAAAUCUGUUGAAUUACAAUUUCCAAGACAUUUUGUUGCACAAUUUGCCAACAAAACCAAUUAAAAGGAAUUGAAAAUGCAUCUCCGGCAGAAUUAGGAGAUAUUUGGAAAUCUUCUGAAACGAGCAUCUUGAGUCGUGUUAUGCGCAAAGGUGUAAAAUAGACGGAUCACAAACUUCAGAGCGUUUACUUUUUUUCAACGCUAAUUAGAAGAGCGAAGCAUAGAUCUCAAAGGUCGAAAAGCUUGCCGAAGCGUGAAAAAUAUUCCACCAGCGAUCCAUAUUUUGAGUACUUUAGAAUUCUGCCUCACUAUUGGAUCCAUGAAAAAUAACAUAACCAAAUCACCCACAUAGACCUAACACCAGUAACUUUCAGAUCACUAUGCGACCAGCUUUUAUCAUUAAAGUGAUUUUCAAAUAAGUGUCGAAUAUAAUCCUAAUGUGUCUUACUUCGCCCUGUAAUUGAUCUAGAAAAGUCGCCCUCCCUUCUCAAAAUUUAGAUACAAAGGUAAAACCAGCGCAACUUGAUUGAUCACUCGAGCUUUUCCGCAGCGCUUCGGACGGUUUCCUUUUAUUAUUAUUAUUAUUAUUAUUUCAUUUUUUUUAUUAUCAUUAUUAUUAUUAGUAUUAUUAUUAUUACUAUUUCAGUUUCUUUAUCACUUUGUGAUAGUUUCUUUGUUCUGAUUCGCUCUUGCGAUUGUUUUUAGGUUUCAUUGUUUUUUAAGAAGAACCACUUGAAGACAAAAUCAUGGGUCUGACAAUUGAUGAUUUUCUGGAAAAGAUCGGUAGUUUUGGCAGAUUUCAGUACAAACUUCUGUUUUUUUGUGGUUUCAUGGAGCUUUUUGGAGCUGGUCUUCAGAUUAUGAUUCCAACCUUCCUCAGCGCUGAACCUCCAUGGCGAUGUAAAGCAAACAGUUCUGCUUGUAAUCUGACUGGAAUUUUCAAGCCAGGAGACGACAAAUACAACUAUCGUUGCUCCAUUCCACGAGGUGAUUGGGAGUUUGACACUAAUGAAUUUAAUUCAGUGGUGAGCGAGGUAAGACUAAAGGUUGAACGGAGCUGGAAGCUGCCUGAAAAUAUUUCAGCAACUUUCCACCAUCUAGAAAACUCAGUAAUUCGUUGCAGUUUUGUUCUAACGGUAUCUCCUGUGUCCUUCCUAUCUUAAAAUCAGGAAAUACCUUAACACGUAAGCUAAAGCUUAAAUACUAUAUGAGCUCAUGAUCCAUAUUAAUCUUAGCUUAGAACUGCGUUUCGUUUUCAGAACUUAUUAAGGGGAUUAGGCGGUCCCCUUCAGUUUGCAAUGAAAAUUUUCUACUGUUUUUGUCUUUCAGUGGGACCUGGUCUGUGACGUAUCAGCACUGUCCGCACUGACCAAAGCUGUUAUGUUCCUGGGCUAUUUUAUUGGAGUUGUUUUUGGGGGCGUGUUAGGAGAUAAAUUCGGCCGCAAGCCUAUCAUUUAUUUCAUGUUUUGCCUGAACAACAUUGCAGCAUUGGCUGCAUCUUUCGCACAGGCCUACUGGGUUUAUGUCCUUCUCAGAGUUUUGGUUGGUUUUUUUAUCGGUGAGUUGAUCAGUAUUUUUGAAUUUUUUUUAAUUCUGGACGAACGUAAAAGACUCUCUGGAUCAAUUCGAUUUAAAAGAAGCAAAUAUUCUGUGUAAAACUCUAACAUUCAGGCUACGCUACAAUGAACAAUAGAGUAGGAUAAGAUGAUCAGCGCUUUGUUUUUAGAAAGAUUAUACAAAUCAGAGUUUUUAGAAAAUGGCCUGUUUACCUUGCCACUGUUUGGUUUAAAAAAAGAGUAUACUUCGUCCCUGUUCUGAACUAAUGUGCUUUAAUUCGAAAGUUUGUGAUAAACAUCUUCAGGGCAACCGAAAGCGUUCUUCUGAGCUUAUUUAUGUCCAAGAAGAACCUUGAGUUGCCUUUCGUCAGCCCAAUCAAUAUGGGACGUUCUUUGAAGUCUCAUCGCGAAGUGUGGGUCUCGACAACGUCUCUUUAUUGGUCACGUCACUGCUCACGGUACGUUCGAAGUCAAUGACCGAGCCGAGAAUUCAGUGCCACUGUCUGUGUUUCGCCCGCACAGACAGAGACUGGGACUGGGAGAGCAUGCAUGGGAACCUCUCAAUUUUUAAAUCAGUUUAAAGUGUGUUUUAUUAGCUAUGGCUUUUAGAAUGACACCAGAUGAUCAAUGUAAUGAUUUCCAACAGGGGUCGGAGGCUUGGGCUUGUAUGUACUGUUGGUGGAGUAUGUAGGAAAACGCCAUCGUCACGUGGUUGGAACCGCCCUGUUUUACUUCUGGGUUCUGUCACUGCUGCUUCUGGCGUUGCUAGCCUACCUGAUAAGAGACUGGCGAACGCUUUCAAUCGUGGGAGCAGCUCCAGGCCUUUUGCAUAUUUUCUUCUGGUGGUGAGUGAUGCAUCAUUACCAUGAAAAGAUGCGAUAACACGCUUUCUUAUUUAAAUUUCAAAUAAGGCAAUGAUCUUCUCAAGCGAGCUGCAAUUUAAGCAAUCGCAAAGAAGUCUGAAAAUUGAUUCGAACCCGUGCCUCUCAAAUAUAUUCCAAUUUAUUCGAGAUUGGUAGUAGGGACUUUUAUGAAAAGAGCACAAAAGUUAAAGCCGAAAUUUUUCAAAAUGUAUAGCUAACGACUAUCCUCUGACGAAAAAAAGGAAAUAAAUACAUACAAAGCGAAACAAAAAUAAAAGAAACAGAAGAAAAGAAAAACUUUUAGGUGAAAUUUUUCGAUCCUAGGUUUCUUCCAGAGUCCCCUCGCUGGCUCCUCGCAAAUAACAAGCCUAAUGAAGCCAUGACAGAACUCAAUAAGGUGGCCGAAUUCAACAGAAAAGAAAUGCCCGUUGGAGACCUGGAACAAAAAGAGGAUAAACAGAGAAAGGGGGAUUUCCGGGACCUCUUCAGUUCAGUGACGAUGACUAAAAGAACUCUGACAUCGUGGUUCGCUUGGUUAGUUUGUAUAUCACUGUGACAUUAGGCCAUUUCCGAAUUAUCUUUGGUCUCUUUUUAAAAACGAGGGCUGGUGCUCAACCACUCGUAUGAAAAUGAGUUUAAUUUGUGUGUGAGUGAAAACUUAAAAUCAUAUGAAAAGAUGAGCACCGGGACUCACUUUGAAAAAUAGAUCAAAGGUAAUUCCGAAAUGGGCAAUUUGAAAUCACCAACACAUGUUGGUCUGCCUUGUUUCUGCACUGGCUUUUGCUUCUCUUUUCUUAGGAUGGUAAUAUCGUUGGUAUAUUACGCUGUUUCAUUCAGUGCUGGAAAUUACGGCGGUAAUCGUUAUCUGGUGUUCUUUUUAAUAAGCCUGGUGGAGUUUCCUUCCAACUGGACUUGUAUUUUCCUUUGCCACAAGUGAGUAAAGAGAUUAAAUUAAAAAGGAUUCAACCUAAACUUUUUGUGACGAAUGGGCUUUGUUGAACACAAACUUCAAGAAGACAUACACAGAUGAAUUGAAAUAGACAUUUACAUUUCAUAAAAUUAAAUUUAUAACCUUUCCAAACAGUGGUAGCUGUUUUAGCAAAGACACCCAGACAAAACUAUGCAUUCAUUUAUUCAUUCAGUAAGGGGAGGCCUGCGUUUUAGGAGUCUAUUUAAAAGCAAAAAUAUUCAAGGGUACUCCCUUAGCAUCCGAAUUGUGAACGUACCCAGCUGGAUUGCACACUGUGGCGAGGGAGAUAAAGUGAAUUUUGAAUAAACUGCUUCAGUUUGCCUUCAAUUCGUCAAUGCUUUGAUCCUUAGAAACAUUUCUGACUGCAUGUUUGCUUCAUGCAUUCAAUCGCAAAACUACGGUUUCGUUUAUGUAUCUGACUAGGAAAUGGGAUUUGAACAACUAAAUUGACAAGUCUUAGAGGGAACAACAAAGUCUUAAAAUGAUUUACGUAACCCAACUCCAAAUCCAUUCCCAAACAUUUCCUGGGUUAGGACUGAAAUUUUAUCAUCAACUCGUUUCUAUUACUGAACAGUUCGCAUGUUAAACAAUAAAAAAAAAAAACUUAGGUACUUGAAAAUUUACGUUGAUUACCAGUCAAGACAAUUUAAAAAAUGUCAAAACCGAAUUAUGUCAAACGUGAAAAAAAUUGCCUUUUUUUCCAGUUCAUGUAUAGUUGUUAUGUGUACGGCGAUUGCACACUAAUCUGAGAGUUGUCUUAGGAUUGGCCGCAAGAAAACCACCGUUCUUGGACUGGUUGUGGCUUUCAUUUCCUCUGUGAUUGCAGUUUUUUUCCAACGAGAUUUGAAAAACACAGGUAUGUUAACUUUACUUUAACAUUUUGACUCCACUCUGUUACUGAAGCUCGGAAAAUGUAAGCAUAGAGCAUAUCUGAACUCGGAAAGGAAAACAGAGAGGGCCACGACGACUCCACGCCCUUUUAGUAGCGGAAUUUUUACCAAAACAUGUUGUAGUCAAUCGUGUUUCGGGCGAUGUUCAACAACUAAAUUUGACUUUACGCUUGGUGCGCGUCAAUUCUGGUUUAGCUGCACAGGGACACGUAGGGUGUGGGAUAGAGAAGAGGUCUUCGGUGUGCCUACAGUGUCAGGUCUUGAAAUAAUGAUAAUGUUUUAUUUCUGCGUAAAAUCACAUGCACAAGUAUCAAGUAAGUAUCGAUCACAAAUGGGUCGUGAUUUAGUUCUUAAAACUAUCACUUUCAAAAUGGUUCUGAGUCUAGAACUUUCCCAGAGAGAAUUAAUUUUACUAAAGAAAGAUAAAAUUUCAUUUCAUCAUCAUGGCUAAUCGCGCUGGUUUUAAGAAAGAUUGGAGCAUCUCGAGAACGGCUCAUUUAAGAUUGGAACUUCGUUGAUGCAAUGUUGAAUUUAGUUUGAAUGCAAUUAUACACCUAAUUUUUUAUAUAUUUUCAUACUUAAACCUUAGGUUUCAUGGUGGCAAAUAUCAUAAUGGCACAAGUGGUCGCCAAGUUUUUCAUUAACAUGUCCUUCAGCUCAAUCUACGUUUACUCAAGCGAACUCUUUCCGACUGUUAUCAGGUAUCCCUCCAUCUACUGAUUCUUUAAUGCAGUUUUAGAGCACUCAGUCCGUUCCCUUUUCCCUCACUUUAAUUGACGAGCUAGGACGUCUUCACAAGUACAAUUCUGUAUGCCGCCGGAAAACUGAUAAGGCAAAUUCAAAUGACUAACGUCUUCAUAGACAUAUUGAUCGACUGACUGAUUGACUGACCUAGGCUAGCUAGCUGGCUGUAUAGCUAACAGGCAGACUUACUGACUGACUAACAGGCUGGCUGGCUGAGGCUGACUAAUUAACAGACCGGAUGAUACAUUAUUACCGAAUCCUAACUACUAACUACGACUUCCUACUUCUUCAAUCGGAAAGUUCACUUCUCUCACAUAGAAUCCAUCAUAACGUAACUGUAUCGUGUUUCAGGAGUGUAGGAGUAGGGACCUCAUCUGCCGCAGCUCGCAUUGGGUCUAUGUCGGCACCAUACAUCAAUUGGUUGGUAUGUAUUUCGUUCAGAGUCUAUUCUACCGUUCUCUCUGUUGAUGAAUCUAAUCCACUAGAAAUAAACUUUAAAAAAAAAAAAUUUUAAAAAUAAACACUGAAUUAUAAUUCGCUUAGUAUCCGAUGGUCGAAGUACGAAGUAAAUCAUUGGGAGCCCAGAUGCGAGCCGCUCACAAGCAAAGUCUGAUCUCGACUGAAAAAGGGAUGCCUCUUUACAUGUAGCCUCCACUUGAGGGAUGACUCCAAGUCUUGUUCCCCAAGGAUGUGCCCCGUGUGCGUAAUCCACUGUAGCCUAAGUCGGAAAUAUAAUCAGAACGUAAUCUACUUGCUUACAUCGAGUGCCGGUUGACAUAUUUGUGCUUGUCCUUCUUUGCCAACAGAUAAGUGUUCAUAUCAUCUUGCCGUACACCAUUGUGGCAGUGCUUACUUUCAUCUGCGCUGUUCUGUGCUUCUUACUGCCAGAAACAAAAGAUUCUCCAACUCUUGAGAAUAUGGAUUCCGUUAACAGCACCUCUGCUGAGGAACCAACCGACGAAAAGCUUCCCUUUGAACCAUGCAAGGAGAAGGAAGACAUGGGAGAAUUGCUUCUCAGUCAAAGCUACCCAGCUUAAAUGAUUUAUAAAUGACUUGAUCAAUACUUAAACAAUUUAGGUGUCUCUAAGCUUGGGUUGGGGGAAAAGAUAUUCAGUGCAAAAACGUGAUUCAUCUUCCAAACCAAAUUUGCAAAUGAAACACAAUACGUUAUCCUUACUUUAUCUCUGUUUAAAAAUAUAUUCAACCCCCCCCCCAACUCCAAUAUAAUCCAAAUGACACGGUCGUUUCAGCUAUGUAUUGUGGAAUUUCCAGGGAGGUGCAGAUUGUCUCAUUUCGCAGAAUAACCUUUCUGGCCACACCCAAUCUUUCUCCUUUGCCCCUUUAGUUGAAACAACUUAAUGCGAGUUGAAAUUUAUAUUAAAUGGGAUCAAUAUUGGAUAGGAAUCGUUAAAAGGUCAUUUGCUAUGGAAUAAUUAAACAGCAGCGUUUUCCAUGUGGGAAUCUAGGAGAGGGUAUCUUAAGGUUUACCAUUGCACAAUAAAUAUGCAUUUUGUACACGGUAACUGCUUGGUACGCUUUGAUUAUUUCUGUAAAUUACUUUUACGUAAUAACAAUAAAGUCAAC